AUGCUUAACGACAAGCUGUUCCCAAAGGACCAGGCGAUGGACACGAAGCACCCGCACCUGCAGGUGCGCGACCUGCACUGCGAGCGGCGCGUGGACGGCGCCUGGCGCCGGCUGGUGGAGGGCGCCACGUUCGAGGCGCGCGGUGGUGACCUGGUGGGCGUAAUGACGACGGCAGAGCGCGAAGGCACGGCGAUCCUGGACGCGCUGGCCGACUGCGGCAGCCGCUGGAGUAUGAGGGUCAGCGGUGACCUGGUUGUGAACGGAUGUCAGGUGGAGCCUGCGCGGCUGGCUCGCCGCGUCGCCUAUGUGCAGCAGGAGUGCAACUUCAGCCCCAACAUGUCCGUCCGCCAGACCAUGCUCUUCCAUGCCUUCCUGCAGGAGCCCGGCCACGUGGCCAGAGGCUUCAACGUCAAACAGAAGAUUAACGCGCUGAUCGAGGACCUGGGCCUGGGCCAGGUGAAGCACACCAGCGUCAAGGACCUGACCGUGUCGGAGAAACGGCGACUCAAUGUGGCCUGCCACCUCUGCCUUGACACGGACAUCGUGCUGCUCGACCAGCCGACGCGCGAGAUGGACAUCUUCGACACGUUUUUCCUGGUGGAGUACCUGCGCCAGUGGUCGGCGCGCGGCCGCAUCGUGCUGCUGACGCUGCAGCCGCCCACCUACGAAAUAUUCACCAUGCUGACCAAGGUGAUGCUGAUCUCGGGCCGGCGCGUCAUCUACAGCGGCAAGCGACGCGAGAUGCUGCCCUACUUCGCCUUCAUCGACUACCCGUGCCCGGCUUACAAGAAUCCAUCCGACUACUAUUUGGACCUGGUGACCCUGGACGACCUGUCGCCUGAGGCGACGCUCGAGUCUUCCCAGCGAGUGACGGAGCUGGCCAAGACGUUCCAGCGGCGCCAGGAGCCGCUGCCAGACCCUGGCCCGCCCGGCCUGCUCCCGCCAAAAAUACGGCGCGCCAACUGCUGUGUGCAGAUUCUCGCCCUCUGGAUACGGGCGAUGGUCUACACGUUCCCGUACAAUCUGAUCAGCUGGGCCACCUCCAUGACUCUCGCCUGCCUCAUGUCCGUCAUCGUAGGCGCAACGUUCUACGAUCUCCGCGGUGACAACAAAGACCAGGAGAACAUCCCAGACCGCCUGGGCUUCCACUACACGAUGAUGUCGCUGGCCCUGUGGCCGCUGCUGCUGCUCAGCAUCAGCGAAGUGUGGCAGGAGAAGGACGCCGUCAGCAGGGACGUUGGCGACCGGCUCUACUCCCGGCUCUGUCUCAUCGUCAGCAAGCUGUUCUACAGCCUGCCUGGCUCGGCGCUCCAGUGCCUGCUGCUCAUCGUGCCGGCUUACAAAAUGGCCGGCACGCACCCAAACGACACAGACACCUCGUUCUAUCUCUACAUGGGACAACCCAUCAUCGUGCAGGUGGACUGCGGCGUGCUGACCGGGCGUCAGGCGCUCGGCUUCCUGACGUGCGGCGCGCCGCGGCAGAAGAAGUCGCGCGGACGCGUCAGCAAGCACUCGUAG